AUGGCAACAUUUGCUUACAUAGGAUUCCUUAUACUACCAGUUAUUAUUUUGUUCUUUAUUGUUCUUCGAUAUUCCAUGAAAACCAAUGACCUUCCAUGGAAUUGGCCCAUCAUUGGAAUGUUGCCGAUGAUAUUAACCCACUACCACUGCCUUGCUGAUAGAUGCACCGAAUUCCUUGAAAGCAACGACGAUACAUUUAUAGUGAAAGGCCUUUGGUUUACCAAUAUGGAUCUUAUAUUCACUAGCGAUCCUGUGAACGUGCAUCACAUAUUCAGCAACAACUUCUCCAUGUAUCCGGAAGGGAUAGGGUGGAAGAAGCGACUUGAUAUUUUUGGAAAUGCACUUUUCAAUUCAAAUUUUGAGGAAUGGAAGAAUCACAAGAUAUUUUUUCGAGGCUGUUUAAGCCAUCGAAGGUUCCAUGAACUCCUGCCAAAGAUUUUCGAGGAUAGCAUGAAGAAAAAGCUGAUCCCAAGUCUGGAGCAUGUGUCUAAACAAGAUAUACCUGUGGACUUUGCAAAGUUGGAGCAAAGGUGUGUGAGCACUAUUCGGCUUUGCAUUGGAGAUAAUGUGUUUAAUCAUGUUAUUGAUGAGGAUUCUGCUCUAAGAUUAUGGGCAAAGUUAAAGAAAAUUUACUUGGCGAAAAGUCUUUCUAACAAGUUGCAGCUUAAGCAAAAGUUGUAUCGCUUAAAGAUGGAGGAGAAUGAAGACCUCAUGAAGCAUAUGAAUGAAUUCGAUGGAAUCAUUGAUCAGUUGAAGAAGGUUGAUGUCAAGGUGGAGGAAGAGGAAAAGGCACUAUUGUUCCUGGCUUCGCUUCCAGACUCCUAUGAGGUAUUUGUUGAAUCUCUUAUAUGUGGAAUGGACACAAUAACGUUAGAACAAGCACAAGCAACGUUAAUGUCUCGUGAAGCCCGAAAGAAAAGUAAAGAAGCGGAUAGAGAUCCAAAUGGCUUGGCAUUAGAAAUUGAGGCUAAUAGGAGGAAGUCAACUGAAUUUGUUGUCACUACUGAUGAUUUAGGUAGCUUACUGAAAAUCGAGUGUGAAGAGCCCCCAAAUAAGGAUUCUGCACUACUUUGUAGCAGCAAACAUUCAGGGCAGAAGUGGAAGUUUAAGUUACAUCAGCCUUCAAGAUCUUUGGCUAAUGGAACAUGCUUUCAAUGGGGUUGCUCUGAAUAUAGGCAAGUUCAUGAUUGA